ACUUCACCUCGCUACUAGCUAUAGUGCGACGCACUGUACGGGCGGUCUUCGACCACAACACUAGUGCUAUCAUCAAGCUGCUUUUUUCCCUCAGAGCAUCAAUCGGAACAAUCUAAGGCACACCCCAUAGUUAAUCGCCCCGCCCCCUGCCCAUCGCUACACGAUGUCUCUCAUUCACGCGCUCGUCGCUCGAGGCACCACUGUACUGGCCGAGCACCAAGGCGGACAACGGGAUUUCUCCCAAGCUGUUCAAACCAUCCUUACUCGCAUCCCACCUAAUGCUUCCAAGCUCACCUACGUUUGGGAGCAAUUCUUGUUCCAUUACAUAUCCGACGGGACGCACGUCUUUCUCUGCAUGGCAGAUGAUGCAGCAGGACGCCGAAUGCCCUUCACCUUCCUUGGAGACCUGCAGCAAAGGUUCAACGCCGCUGCGCUCCCAUCCUCCUCCCGCGGUGAUGAUCCGGCCUACAGCUUACAAGGAUCCUUUGGCCCAACGAUUGCUUCUCUGAUGCAAGAGUACAACACCAGUCCGCCCACCGACGAAUUGGGCCGUGCACAGGCCGAGCUCGCGCAGGUCAAGGACAUCAUGGUGCAGAAUGUCGAACAGAUCCUGUCUCGUGGCGAGCGCAUCGAGCUUCUCGUCGACAAGACGGACAACAUGGCCUCUCAGGCAACGGCAUUCAGACGAGGCGCGCGCACCGUGCGGAGACAGAUGUGGUGGAAGAACUCCAAGAUUUUGGCUUUAAGCGUGAUCGUUGCCCUCAUCCUCUUAUGGAUAUUCGUGGCACAAUUCUGCGGCGCAGGUUUGAACCAAUGUGGGGCCAAGCAUUAGUGUUGCUGUGUUCGCCCUCUUCCUCUCGUAUUGUAUUGCCACCUACAUCUACUUUGGAUUACCUUUUGAACUGCGCUAAAUAUUACC